AUGUCUACUCGACGUGUCACCCGUGCAAAAAAUGCAACUCAGCAUCCGGGUAUCCCAGACAUAACCCCGAAGAAGAAACGCCGUACUGCAGAAGAAGUAGCUGCUGAGCGUCAGUCUAAGUUAGAUGCUAAAGAAGAGAAAGAACGCACCAAGAGAGCUAGCAUCAAACGUGUUGCUAAAUAUGAGAAGAACCAGGCGGACCAGGAUGUGGUGACCGAUGCUACACCGCGGGCUGCGCUGCCCAAGCCAAAGCCAAUCCCAAGCAAGAGGAAGGCUGUUGUGGCGCCUCCUGCUACCAAGAAGAAGGUUACGCCUCCUUCAGAUGCCGAGAUGAGUGAUGCACGAGCUGCACCUUCGGUACCAAGGCCAAGGCCAAAGCCAAUUCCUCGCAAGCAGAAGGUAAUUGUACAGACUCCCGCUGCGGAGGACAACGGGUUUCUGUCGGAUGCUGAGAUGGAUGAUGCGGCUGCUGAUAGCAGCGCCUUCAACCCCGAUCCAACCCAACAUUCAGGCACGGUGACCUCGGACAUAGACGCAGAUGGGUCUGAUAAUGACCAUGAUGAUCCAAAGUCUCCGAACGACAACAACUUCAUGGUACUAGACAACAACAACAACAACAACAACAACAACAACAACGGCCGUUAUGGUCAUUCUGAGGAGCCCAAACUUGUACGGCGCGCAAAUGCUGGAAAAUUAAAGCUCAUGGACCAAGAUAGCAAGACCCAUCAUGUCAUUCAGCGAGCGAUACUGGAAGCGAAGGUUCAUAUGACCUUCGUCAAUGGCUAUCCAGACAUUACAAAGAAAAAUUGA